AGAGGAACCAGGCAGCUUAUAGAAGUUCGUUUCAAGCGUAGCAUAAGAGUACGACAAGAUCGUGAACAGCGGUUCCAAGCUGGACGUCGUCGCGCUCAUCGUGGCAGUCGUCGUCGUCGUCAAGAGCGGAGAACUACGGACGCCAACUUCAGGUUCGUAAAUGGGCGUUCAGUCGCCUUUGUGGGAAUUGCCGAAGAGCUUGUGCCGCACGGACAGACGCAGGUCGGUUCAGUGUUCCAAACUCAACUUCAACAUCGUCUUCAACGACGCCAACGUCGGGAGCCUUGCGCUCAUCGACUUCAACAAUGGCUUCCCCAUCGCAUAGGACGUCCGCCUCAGCCUCGGUAACGAACCUCGCACCUCCCGAAGGUUCACCGAUCAACAAGCAAAGGAGAAUGACCUCGCCUUCCCUACCACCACCUCCGUCCCCGCUUAACCUCCCCGAACCGGUGUACGGACACCGACGUCCGCCAUCGCCGUUGCGCAAUGGCUUUACUGCUGACCUUAAUGAUGAAGAUGAGAGCGAGAGCGGCUCCGAGGAAUCCAUGAACGGGCACCAGUGGGGAGAACGACCUCAAUCUCCUUCUGCGUCUGUGACGCAAUUUGCUGCAAAUAUCGCUCAGAAAAUGGGUUCCCUCAUGAGCAAUAUGAGCCAACGUUCCCCGAAUUAUCUUCCUACUGACGAGGAACUUGAGGCUGAAGCUGAACGAGAACGCGAGAAAAGUCGUCGAGAGGCAGAGCGUAUUCUAAGCCGGGAGGCCGAAUCAAAACGGCUGGAACAACGCGUUCUGGCAAUGCUCGAUAGCCCCCAUGGUUCGCCUGGGGCUUUACCGCCUCCCCCUCCAAUCGGUGAGGCAAGAUCCAGCACACCUCCUUCCCCGUCAAACUCGCAGAAGGAAAGCUGGUGGGCGGUCGCAAAGAGCAAGCUCACGCCUACGAAAGAACCUCUCACUCCUGCACAACAGAUCAUUCAGGAGGCUAAGCAGCGUGAGAAGGAAAUCGAGAAAGAGAAGAGGGAACUAGAAAGAGAAAAGAAAGAACUUGAAAGGGAGAUGAAGAAGAACGCAAGGAGACACGACAAGUCCAAGAGUGCUCAAUGGCCAUCGUCCCCGGAGGACAAGUUUCAAGACCCUGCAUUCAUACAGCUACACACGGCUGUACCUCAUCCAAGACCUAUCACCGGGUCUCCUGUUUCACCUAGUCCUGCUCGUAUCCCUGUUCCCAGUACACCACCCAGUCUUCUACCUUCGCCUCUACGUGCGCCAACUUUAGGCUCUGCAUCUCCUUCACGCCAAUCAACGCCGUUGUAUGCGGUGUUUAAUUCGCAAGGCUCCCUCGACGUACCAGCUACAUUGAUCACGAUCGCGCAACGCUUCGAGAAACUGGAGAAGUGGACCGUCAGUCACACUCGUGCUCUUGAGGAGCGCAUGGACGAUGUGGAACGCUGGCUGGUAGAUAAAGAGGGCGAAAAGGACGGCAACCAGAAACCUGUCGAAGCACUGCGAACUGGUGAUCUUCCUCCUGCUGAUGUACUGAAUGAGAUUAGGGAAGAACUCGCUGAAGUCCAAGGACGUAUAGGUGAACUAGGAAGGGAAAUGGCUAAGAUGGUCACAGCACCAGGAAACCUCUCCUCUGGACCAUCACGCCACCCUGCGGGUCUUGGUAGGGCGCCCUCUGCGAGUUCGUCAAUUGCCGUACGCUCUAUAUCUGCCAACCUUGGUUCGAACGCUCGAGGAUCUACGCCUCCGAAAACAAAGGAACCAACUACAUCGCCGACCACGUCGCCUCCCGUGAGGUCUGCUUCACGCACCAGAUUACCUUACCCCACAGGUGACUAUGCUACCCCUCCUGACUCAGUUAUCCUCGGUCAGGGACCGUUCUCUCCUCCUCAUUCGCCACCAUCUUCUGCCUCGAAAGGCGCGAGAAUGUCCAUCUCUGGUCUGCCAUAUGGCGAAGAUCCAUCGUCUUCUACCUCGCCGUCGUCUGGUCUACCUAUUCGUGUUGCAAGUCCCACGACACUUACUACUCCAACAUCUACACAGAGACAGAGUAGUGUCAGCCCUACUCCCAGAAAGAGAUAUACUGUUGCACUUGGCGAGCCUAUCAUGAAUGCACAGGAACGCAGUCGUGAGCGCAGCCAGCCUGGUGAACUGGCUACCGCCGUAUUCUCUUCAUCGCCGAAGUCAUUGUCAAUCUCAACUCAUGAAAUGGAUGAUGAUGAUAGUUACUAUGCUAUGACGAACGAUGAGACGAUUGGGAAAGCUGCGGCACGUCAAGCCGGCCUGAAUAUACCCAACAAGAUGCAAUCUCAAGAACGUCUUAAUAGCGUUUCUCCAUCGCUAUCACCGAAGCCUAUUCAUAAACGUGUUCGACCACAAUCUAUGUACAACGGCUCUGCCUCCGCCCAGAAUCUCGCCGCACCUUCACCCACUACACCCAAGCAUUCCCGACUUCGCUCUCGUUCCACGGAUAGAUUCGGCUUGGGCAUAUUUGAUACCGUUUCUUCGUCUUCAUCCGGAAGGUUCGUCGAUCCUCUUGUCAUUCGCAAGCAGACGAAGGAGGCUCUUGCCAGCACAGCACCUGCGCCACCUAAAGUCCUACCCGGGAAACCGAAGGUGCCUGUAGGGCAGCUUGUAGCCUUCUUCGAUCAGGAGAAGUAGCCGUCGGGUGCUUCUCCUUUGCUGCAUCAUGCUAUUAUCUAUAUCCCUUUUGCUUGAAAUUUAGGACUCCUUCAUGCAUUCGUUUUCACUGUUGUAAGCUUUCUUCUUGUUCUUCGCACUAUCUUAUGCUUUACCGUUGCUUUCAUGCCCAUUUUAUCGCGUGCUCUUCUCGCAUUCGCGAUCACCCCUACUGUAUCCUUUGUAGUUCAUGUUUGGCCUGGGAUACCACACAUGUCCUUAACGAUUUUUCACGACCACUAAUGACAUUAAAGAUCAAAUUUAGACCUUUCCAAUGACAUAUCCAUCACGCGGUCUAUUCUAUGCCCGUCGCGCUUCUCUCUCUUUGAACAUCUUCCACGUCAGAAAAUACACAUCCCAGAUGAAGUCCAUCAUACUCCACAUUGCAUCAUCUUCAACGCCAAGGGUGAACAUGUUCUGGUAAACGCCCCAUGUUUUGAAAGCGGACCAUUCGAGUUCCUUCAGCGGGAUCUUCAACGUAUACGUAGCGUGUUGCCUGAGGCUUUCGUCCCUAGGUCCGUCGGUCCCAUUCACAGGUAAAUGUAAGCUUGAAGGUAGGAUAUUGCAGCUGAACUGCUUGAGGUUGCGAGUGUAGAAAUAUUGCAAGAUGAUCGGCAGCGUGUAUGGCACGGGAACCGGCAAAGGGAUGACAGGCAGUCGAAAGCCCGCGAGUCCUCCUUUGCCUCGACCAGGUCCGCGAAGGAAAUCUAUCUGUGACCGAGAAUAAGUUGGAGGAAUCGGCGGCAGAUUAGCGCAGUAUGCCGCGAGAUAAUACGCAUGAAUCGGAAUGAUGUCAACUUCGCGUCUAUAACCAAGGUUCAAUUGUAGACGAUGCUGAAUGGAUUCUGGAACAGACGACCUAGAGUGAUAGACGGCAAGGUAGUGAGUAGGUUUUGCCCAGAGAUGCGGAACGUCGAGAACUAGUUCCAUCUCGCGAGGGAUCACUGCAAGUGGUGGUUCAGCGUAGAAUCUGUGUUCUACAUUCCACAGUCUGGGACACAGUAAAAUAAUCAAUUCCAGAUAGUACAGCUUGUCGGAAGCGAGAGAGAAAAAAUUUACUCACGGUUGCUGGGAGAGACGUCCAGCAAUCUC